UUACGCCCCUCUCUCGCCUUCCGUCUCCUUCCGCCUCCGUGGGAAAGCACGAGGAGGAGUGAUAUCUGGGUGAUCGUCUCCCAAACCCUAAGAAUUUAGGGCUUCCUCACCGUCUAUCCCUGCAGAUCUGUCAUAUCCGGAGCUCUCUUGACUCAAUUGGAGGAACAUCUACCCCAUCGUUCCGAUGGCCAGCCAGUUCUCCUUUUGGCAGUUAGGGGAUGAACUACGAGGGCAGUCAAAGGUUUCUGAAGACCAUAAAUGGCUGAUGGUAGCAUCUAAAUUAGCUGAACAGACAAAGGUGAAAGGUGAAAGGAACAAUCUUGAUUUUACCAAGACUCCGCUAGAGCCAAAAGUGAAGGAUAAAACUCGAACUCAGGAUGAGAACAAGUAUGAAACCCUCAAUCUCGACUUGCUAAACUUAGAUAGCAAAGUGAAUGAGUCUGCCUCCAAAAACUCUUUCCGAAGUGGCUUCUACAGCAUGAACGCUGUGUAUCAGAAAGGAUAUAGCAACAAUAAUGUCAAUAACAGCAGUUCUCACACAAACAACAUUAUAGGGAAGGCUAAAUAUAGCAAUGACAACAUUAUAAAAAACUGCAAGGACAACAACGUUGGGAAGGAAAACAACGUUUCCAACAAUAAUAAUGUCCCCAACAACAUCACCAGCACCAAUACUGGUCCCUUUGAUAAGCGAUUCAAGACGCUGCCCUCGACAGAAAUGCUGCCACGAAAUCAGACUCUUGGAGGUUAUAUUUUUGUCUGCAACAAUGAUACCAUGCAAGAAGAUCUGAAGCGACAACUUUUCGGCUUACCUCAGAGGUACCGUGAUUCUGUUCGAGCAAUUACUCCAGGGUUGCCAUUAUUCUUGUAUAACUAUACCACCCAUCAGCUGCACGGAAUAUUUGAGGCUUCCAGCUUUGGUGGUACUAAUAUUGAUCCAACAGCAUGGGAAGACAAAAAAUGUAAAGGUGAAUCGAGGUUUCCUGCACAGGUGAGAAUUCAGGUGAGGAAGCUUUGCAAACCAUUGGAGGAAGAUUCGUUCAGGCCAGUUCUGCAUCACUAUGAUGGCCCAAAGUUCCGUCUUGAGCUCUCAGUGCCAGAGACAUUGGCACUGUUGGAUUUAUGCGAACAACAGAGCAUGUGAAAGCAUAUCUUAAUAGCUUCUGUGUCUGCUAUGAUGGGUCGUAAGGAAGAAGACUAAGAAGAAAAGUUUGCAAUGUGUGUCCUGGCUGUUGUAGCAGUAUGUCCUAGUAUUCCACGAAGCGCAAGCUUUCGGAGGUGUUGGGCAGGUGUUGCGGUUGCCUAUUUGAAGAAGGUUUGUCAGAAAUAACGUUAUGUGGCUAGACCUUACGUGGCAUCCAGAUGAUAAAUGUAUUUAUCAUAAUGUUAUAAGUUCUUAAAAGAGUCUAGAAAAGAAAAGUGUUUAUGUUUUAACACAAUGUAUGUGCUUCAUGGUGACGCACAUGCGAGUGGUUUGGUCUGAGUGUGAUAAUAAUAAUGUUUGUUUGUUGUUACCAAGAAAAUCCUGUCGCAAACCUUUUUCGCUCUUCCGUUGUGGCCCGGGGGACGGGCUUGUUUGUUUCAAACUAGUUAAUAUUUAAAGUCUUCCCGUCGACCCUUGGACCUGGUAA